AUGGUUGAACCGUCCAAUGCUUUGACAACAUUUCAAUCCGAAAAAGACAAAAUUGAGAGGGAAUUAAGACGUGAUAAGUGGUUGCUUUUCCCACAGAAAGACAUUGGAGAGCUUCUUGCAUCAACUCAGAUUGGGCAAUGCAGAAUCAUUAGCACAAUCUAUGCUAUUGAUAAGGAUUGGGGAUGGUACUAUUUCGGAUGCAAUGCUUGCCAGGGAAAAAGGUUCAAGAUUCAUGUGAUGGUUAAGGAUGGUACUGGAGAAGUUACCCUCAUGUUAUUGGACUGGACUGCACAAGGAAUUGUGCCUGAGACUGCUCUCAACCUUCUCGAUGGUUCAUUUGAUGAGCUAGAAGAUAUUGAUUCAUUUCUUGAAGCUAUUACUUCUUUGGUUGGUAGAACUUUCAUGUUUGGAGUUUUCAUUGAGAAAGACAAUAUUACAAGCAAAAGUGGGAAUUUUAAGGUUGGUAAAGUAUGGGAUGAACUAAGUAUGCUAUUGACAGCUGGUGUCACAGAAUCGUGUACUCCAUCUGAAACUGGAACUACUAAUUAUGGUGGUGAAGAGGGUUCAUUUCUACUAAUGGAAAGUGAAGUUAACGAGGACUUUGUAACAACCCCAUCAUCUAAACGCAAUGAAAUUGCCAUAACCAACGACGCAACUGAACUUACUUCGUCAUCAAAGAAACAUUGCACCAGAGUGUUUGUGAAAAAAGAAAAAGGUCUCAAGCAGCAGUCAACCUCGGAAAAAAGUGGCUAA